AUGUGCACGUGCCUCAGUUUAAAAUUUAAGGUUAACCUAUUUUGUGUUUAUUUUGAUCAAAACGAAUAAAUGCAACUUGUAAGUAGUUUGUGUGUGUGGUGAAAUAAAUUUCAGUUAUGGAAAUGCAAAAAGUGUUUAAAGAUAUUGCUUUGCUCCUUGGAGAAGGCCCAAAAACUAAUCAAAGUGACCAAGCUGUUAUGCACAACAUUUUUGAUGUUAUACUAAGCUGUACAUCUAUAGAGGAGUCAUGGGAAUUUUUCUCUGGACAAUUUCUAUCUGCUAUGGUUAAGUAUGCUUGUCCUAAUUCAUGCUAUAGUGAAAUUGUUUUCAAAAUCUGCAUUAAUGUACUUUCAGUGGAAAGUUUAAGUUCAAGGUUAAGUACAUUGCCAGAAAUAGCAAAGUUAAUAGAAUUAUCUAUCGAUAGCAUCACAGAUAAAACCUGCCUGUAUGCCGACACAUGUUGUAUGUUUCUUUCAAAUUUGACAAGACUGGAAACAAGUUGCGAAUUUAUAUCAGAGAAUAUAACACCACUUCCAGAGACUUUAAGGCGCUUAGUGACAGCAUUUACUAUUGUUGGAUACAACCCUAAGUGCUCUUUGGACCAACUGGCAAUGGUGUUCUGCAACUUGAGCCAAGUUGCAAACAUCAGAAAUGUCAUGACUCUAACGGAGAACAAUAUUCUUCAGAAACUAAUUCCUUUUAUGAAUCAUGAUAAUCAAACUCGCCGAAUUGGGAUUAUUGGUGUUGUCCAUAACUGUGCAUUUGAUACAAGUAUACACAGUUGGCUGCUCAGUGAUGAAAUAGAUCUGCUUCCACGCCUCCUUUUGCCUUUAGCAGGUCCUGAACAGUUUGACGAUGAAGACAAUGACAAAUUGCCAAUAGAUUUACAGUUUCUUCCCGAGACUAAAACCCGAGAAUCCAAUCCUGAAAUCCGAAAGCAAUUGCUUGAAACAUUAAAUCAGCUGUGUGCUACAAAGUUUGGCCGACAAUUUCUAAGAGAUCAUAAUGCAUAUAUCAUCCUGAGAGAGCUGCACAAAUGGGAAGAAAACUCUUCAGUUCUACUUGCUUGUGAGAAUGUGAUUGAUAUUCUUAUAAGAACAGAAGAGGAAAUUGGUUUUGAUCAUUUAAAAACUGUUGACAUUCCAGAAGACUUAAAGGAAAAGUUUAAUAAACUCACUUCAAGUGAAUAGACCUUUAGAUUAAAUACAUCAAGUUACCGGUACAGUCUUUUUAAAAAUAGUAAUUACGUAUUGGGGCUUAGAUAUUUUUAAUUUAGUAACUUCAACUAAAGCUUUACAAGAAGAGCAUUGCAAUGUUGGUAGGGUGCCAAAUAGUAGGCUAUCCAGACCUGACCUACUUGAAAGACUCAGGUAAAUUUAUUAUUUUAACAUGAAUACUUUUGUGUAGGUCUAGUUUCAAUAUGCAUUUGGGGUACAGUUUCUUAACUGGGCUACAGUAUGCUAUUACCGAUUAAAACUAUUGAUUCGAUUAGUAAAUCUUCAUUCAAUUUUUUCACUAUCAGCAAGUUUGGUUAGUUAGGUUAGGUUAUGACAAGUUUAAUUUUAUUGAUGCUAUAGUAAAAAUAUUGAUUAUUAAGCAAUAUUUUCAAUUCGAUAGUUUCAAUUGAUAUUAGCAUAGCCCAUUUAAGAAACUGUACCCCAACUGAUAGCUUUUUUUCCAAGUCUGAUGUUUACAAAUUCGACCACCUUCCAAGAGAUGGCAGUUGGGACGGAGAUUAAUACUGGUUUAGGCCUACAGGAUGGACGUGGCGAGUCAAAAGUGGCAACCGACGGAAACAGCUGUGGCACUUUUCACAACUGAGCUUUUGUGUAAUGUUUAUAACUUGUUCGUUAUUAGCGGUAUCAUGGCAAUAGGUCAGCCGUAGCCACACAUCAAUGAUUUGUACUAGAGGAUUCUAUGAUUAUAGUUAAACUUUGUCCUGCUAAAUGAUUAUUAGCUAUGACUACAGGUAGGCCUAGGCCUAUAAAAAUUCUCGACUAUUACCUAUUUGCACUGUGUUUAAACAGUGCUGUCUCUCUUGUUAUCGGUAUUAGGAGUUUUAAGUUUAUGAUUUUAAAUAGAAGGGAAGGGUAGUAGUUUGUUGUUUGAACCCAGAUGGCUCUUGUGUGUAAAAACAAAUUAGCUGCCUAACGUCAAAUUCAUAUUGAAAACCGAAUAGGUAAGCUAAGUGAGUGAAUCAGUUGCACAACUGUGAAACUAGGAAAGCGAUAUCAUUUGUUUUUUGUCCCAAUGCUACCACAUUAAGUUUAUCAUUACUGUUCAUUUUUUAUAAGCUCACCCCUACUUUGCAGAAUAGACUUCAUUUCACGUUCACGUACAUUAAGGUCGAAAGAGGCCGCCAACCUCUUUAAAAAAGCACUCAGGUUGUCUUACAAACAAUAUAAAAGUGCCAAAUUAUCUUUUAUAUGUUAUCCUUUAUGUUAAGUUUUUAUCUUGUAUAUUUUUAAAUUAAGCUAAUUAGGCCUACUGUUGUU